UCGGAAUGCAUGAAUGAAUAUAAAAAGGGAGAAGAACCAUCUGAACGAAAAAUGAAACGAUUGAAACGAAUAAAUGAAGAAAUUGCAGAAUUUAAAAGAGAUGAAGAAUUUUAUAAGGAAAAGGUCCGUAAAACAAAGGAAGAAUAUGAAGAGGCUUGUCAAAACUUAAAUAAGACUAGAAAAGCUAUAGAAGGUACAUGUUAUUCAGUAAAUGUCCAGUUGAACUGUCAGUGGAGGUUGUUACGACCCCUCUUACGUAGAGGAAAAUAA